GGAAGUGAGAGUGUCAGCGCCCGGAGCUCCAGAACUUUUACUGUUAUUAAAUCUAAUUGAUCCGGAUCAGAGAUGACCCGGUUUGGUCUGCUGGCGGUCUGGCUCCUGGUCCUGCCCGGCCCGGCUCUGGGCUGUGAGUGGGACCGGGCGGUGCCGGAGGACCAAGGGCUGGUCCCGGAAUCCAUGGCCGCCGCGAUGCUCCAGACGAAGCGGAUCAUCGAGGUCGACAAUCCGGAAGACUGCAAGAAGAUCUGCUGCGGGGACCCGGACUGCGACCUGGCCCUGCUGAGUCUCCCGGCCGACGGGAGGCCGCAGUGCAUGCCGGUCAGCUGUACGGACCGGGACCAGGACAGGGACCUGUGCGUCCUGAGCCCCAGCAACCAGUUCAAGGUUUACCGCAAGAAGUCACCGAGUGGAUCCGGAGGAGAGGCUUCGCAGGGCGGCCACAGUCGGCGCGUCGUCCCACUGAUCGGAGCCGUGAAGCAGGAAACCAACCAGAGCAGCAGCGGUGUAGCUGUGUGUCGUCAGCCUGUGAAGGUGGGUGUGUGUCGUGCGUUCUUCCCGAGGUUCUUCUACGAUCCGACUAAUCAGAGCUGUCGGAGUUUCGUUUACGGUGGCUGCGGCGCCAACGGCAACAACUUCAUCAGCCGAGAGGAGUGUGAGACAAGCUGCAGCGGAGUCACAGGUUCAGUUCUUCCUGAUGACUUGUCUCCUGAACAUUCAGCCAAAGCUGCAAGAAUGAUCUCUGACAUCAAUGUGUCUCAGGUUGAUGAAGGUCCAGUUGAACCUGCUGCUACAGAGUCUGUCCUCACUCAGGAGACAGAAAUGUCUGCUGUUGACUUUGCUGAGCGCUGUAGGGCGGAGCCUGAGGUGGGACCCUGCAGGGCCUCGUUCCAGCACUGGUUCUACAACCACUCCACAGGCAGCUGUCAAUCAUUCAUCUACGGAGGUUGCCAGGGUAACAAGAACAACUACGCCACCCAGGAGGAGUGCAGCGCUACCUGCACAGUCUCAGUUGUUUCGUCCUCAAAGAAAGUUUCUUCUGAUAAAGUUUCUGCAGAUUACAGAGAGGCCUGUCUGGUGACCUCUGACCCCGGUCCGUGCCGUGCUGCGUUCUCCAUGUUUUACUUCGACCCAGACACAGCGACCUGUCAAUCAUUCAUCUAUGGCGGUUGUCGUGGGAACCAGAACCGUUACAGCUCGAUGAAGGAGUGUCUGAGCCGCUGCGUCACCGACGGUUCUUCUGAGACUAGGGAGAAAACUCGAGACCGCUGGACGGCAGCCGUCUUCCUCUUCAUCACUCUUGCCGCCAUCUCCGCUCUGCUGCUCGCCACACUCGUCAUCGUCACGCUGAGACGCCACCGCUUGAACAGCCACCCGUCCUCCAUCAGUGAUAAGGAGGAGCUGCUUCCAGAUGAGCAGUCGUCUCUGGAGUCUCUGACUGUCCCAGAGACCCCCAAACCAGACCAGGCCUGAGGGGCCACUACAGGGUCCUCUGGUCCUGUUGUGUAACAUUAUGUCUCUCAGCUGAUGAUGACUCUUUCAGUGAUUGAAGAAUGAACAGCUGGCCACUUAUUAUAACUUUUAUUUAUAUAUAUAUAUAUAUAUAUAUAUAUAUAUAUAUAUAUAAAGUCAUAUAACUUGUAUACAUUUUUCGAUGACCAACUGUUUUAUAUGGAGGAGCCUCUUUGUGAUUUAAGUUGGUUUUAAGUUUUAAUUCUUGUUUAUGUUUUAUGCGUGAAACAAUGAAACAUGUGAUCAGAAGUGUGUUUUUAAUAAAGUGAUUGACUACAUUGCACCAUGAUGAACACUCACUGCUGUCUUCUGCUGAUCGAUUGUAAUUUAUUGAUUAUUGAAGAAAGGAAAUAUUUUCUUUUCUUUCUUUAACUAUAACAACUUUAUUCUUCAGCCUGUUACAUGCUUUUUUUUUUUUUAGUUCAUUCACUCAUUUGUGAUUAAAGAAAAAUGUUCUUUGAAUAAAUGUGAGGAAAACA